AUGUCUAAAAUACCAUCUUGUUUGGGAACAAUUUCUAGUUUAACGAAAUUCGACAAUGUCUCUUUUGGAAUUAGUACAUUACAGUCAAAUAAUAUGUCGCCAGAAUCAAGAAUUGCAAUUGAAACUACGUUUGAAGCAAUCAUUGAUGCUGGAAUAAAUCUUGCAGAGCUACGCGACAAGAAAAUCAAUGUUUACGGGGUAUUGAGUUUAUAUGAGUCAGAUGUUAAUGCUAUAAACAUUAAAGGAAAGAAAGAUGGAUAUUCUUUAACUGGUAAUUGCCGUGCUAUGCUAUCAAAUCAGAUUUCAUUUGUUAUUAGUCUAAUUGGAUCAAGUUGUAGUAUUGAUUCAAGUUGCACAUCAAGUGCAGUAGCAAUUCAAAAAGCUUACCAAGCUAUUAAAGCUGGAGAUUGCGAUAAUGCGAUU